CCCCACGCGUUCCCACGGUGCUCCGCGACAGCCGCUAUGGAGGCCGGCGGGACUGCAGUGCUUCGCGUGAAGCGGAAGCGCAGCGCAGAGCCUGCCGAAGCCCUUGUCCUCUCUUGUAAACGCCUCCGAAGCGGCGCCGUCGAAUCGGCGGCCCAAAAGACACCCUCCGAGGAACUGGAGAGAGGGCCGGAGAAUAAUGUCUUCCAAUUGGUGGCCACCGUGCGCUCCCAGGAGGAGCCAGUCCAGGCGCUUGUUAGAGCCGCGCUGCGCCCUUCUCGGGGCAGCCAGCAGCGUAUCCGCCGCGACCUCCGCGCUUCGGCUCGGGAGAUCCGGCAGGAGGGCCGCUACAGGGUGAUCUCUAGCCGCCGAUCCUCGGGGAUUCCCUCGAGUGGCCUAGAGUCCGAAGACGCACCAGGAAACCCAGAAGCCGCCGAGGACGCAGGCUUCCAGCUGUUGGACCUGGUCCACGAGGAAGGAGACCCAGAGGCUCUUGCCACCGCAGGCUCCCCCAAAACAUCUGACUCAGAUGUGAUCCUCUGCAAUUCCGUAGAGUUGAUCCGUGAACGGUUGACACUAUCUGAGGAUGGGCCAAGAAUCGGGCAUCAGGAGGAACAGAAGGAUGACUAUGUGUACGACAUUUACUACUUGGAGAUGGCCACUCCAGGAUGGAUUGAGAACAUCCUCUCUGUGCAGCCCUAUUGCCAGGAGUGGGAGCUGGUGAAUGAUGACCAGCAACCAGAAGAUAUUUAUGAAGAUGAUGAUGAUGAGAACAGUGAGACUAACUGGCGCAAUGAGUAUCCAGAGGAGGAGAACACUGAUGGAGAUGAGUCCAGAGGCUCUGAUGAAUACGACAGCCUCAGUGAAGAGGAAAGAGGCAACAGCAGACCAGAGAUGUGGAGCAAAUACCCUCUGGAUGUGCAGAAGGAGUUUGGCUAUGACAGCCCCCAUGACCUGGAUUCAGACUGAUGAUCCUAUGAUAGCUGUGAAGUUCAGUCACGUCCCCUGAGGGCUUUGACUGCAGCUUCAGCCACCCUGGUAACAUCCCUGGGCUUUCUAGCUAAACACAAAAGGAAAAAGCAUGUCCAGCAGCACCAUCCUACCAGUGAAAACUUGUGCUAAAGGAGUGUGUCUUUUUCAGUAAUAGUAGGGCCCCUUUGCCUCAAUCAAAAAUGACUCUACAGUCUGGGGUGAAAAAUGUGCCAUAAAAGUGAAGCUUCCUGGUCUGGGGGGUUUCCCAUUCUCUUCCUGUGCUAAAAGCCAGUUAAGUGGAAGAGAAACUCCUGUUUCCUCAGCACUAAGAUUUAGCUUUUCCAUACCACCAGGCCAGUGCCUCCACUAAAAGCCUGUUUCUUUUGAUAGAGGGAACUUAGAAGGGCUACACUGGGUCCUUCAUAGAAGGGCUACACUGGGUCCUUCAUAGCAGCACCAAUGGGAUAGUGGUGGCCAUUACAGAGGGAAGUAGAAUCUGCCUGAGCUCUGAGAGGUUUUAAGUUAAUAGCUGUCUCCACUGCCCUGCUUCCUGGCUCUGAUAAUGGUUGUAAAGAUUGCUGUGUUCCUUUGGCACUGGUGCCAGGGAGAACAGGAUGUAUGAAUGUGAUAUUGUAUGUUUAGUAAAAAUUAAAGGGAGCAAGAAAACUUCUUGAAAA